GGACGAAUAGAAAACGGACCGCGACAACAGAAAACUGGAAGAGGCAGCCGUGAGUAUAAAACUGGAGAGCCUCGUCGAUCCUAACAUCAUUUUCUCAGCAUUUUUCGGAAAAUCAGCAUGUCUGCUAAGCUCUUCGUCAUCGCCGCCCUCGUGGCAGUUGCUUGCGCCGCCCCUGCUCCCGACGCCCCACCCUACGGGCACCCUCCCCCAUCCUACAAGGAACCAGGAAUGCCCUUCGAGUUCGCCUACGCCGUGAAGGACGACUACACCGGCAACGACUUCGCCCAUAACGAGAAGAGCGACGGGCACGUCACCUCCGGGUCGUACCGCGUCGCCCUCCCCGACGGGCGCACUCAGAUCGUCACCUUCACCGCCGACCAUCACGGAGGGUACGUCGCCGACGUGAAAUACGAGGGCGUGGCCUCCUACCCACCCCCUGCCAAGCCUGCGUACGGCCCACCCCCACCAGCUUACGCCUAGGGAGUCCUAGGGGAAUCCUCGAGGAAUCCUAUGGACCUCACUUUGUACAGUAGAUAUUUCUGGAUGCCGUCAUCGAGUUCCUUUCUCCUUUUAUAUUGGAUAAAGGUCGAGUCAGGUUUCUGUGGAUCCAGAAUUUUCUAUCAUUGAAGACUUUCGCCGUUAGAAUUUGUUCCUGCUUCUCAAUGAGAAGGUUUGAUUAAAACCUGAGAACUAUUUUUUGUAAAUAAAACCACCGAUUAUGA